AUGGCCGCAUCGGAUGGUACGCUGCGGCCGGGUGAAAUCGUAAUGCGUACGCUCUUCACAGACUUUACCGUGCAGGCGGAGAAGAAAAUUGAAAGCGUACUGUUGGAUGGGUCGGACAAAAACUUGCCAAAGUUGCUGCAGCGCGGUGAGGACUAUCAGUUCGAUCAGCUGCUUCAAGCACUGGGCUCCGUCGCUGAACACUGUCUGCCAUCGUUGCUGAAGGCACUGCUUGCCUGGCACAAGCAUCAGAUCUGUGACAAGAACAUCAAGCGAGACCUACAGACAGGACCAACCUCUACCGCACACCAUACGGCGAACAAAUCGGGGCUGGAUUUAGAAUAUCAACUACUGCGCCGAGAAGCGGCAGUAGAAUUCAUCUUCUGCCUUGCGCUGAUCGAGAUCCUGCGACAGUUUCCGUUCCACCCCGGGCAUGAUGAUAUAACGAAGCAGAUUGAAAACCUUGCCUUUCGCCAGUUUAAAUACAAGGAGGGUGCACAGACCGCGCCGAACGCAAACGACUGCUAUCGCAUUGCCGAUCUAUACGCAGAGGUGGUCGGUGUGCUGGCCCAGAGUCGAUUUUCCUCCGUGCGGAAGCGCUUCAUGACGGAGCUGAAGGAGCUGCGCAGCAAGGAACCGAGCCCAUUCACAACGCACAGUAUUAUCAGCCUGCUGAUGGGCAUGAAGUUCUUCCGCGUGAAGAUGGCCCCGAUCGAGGAGUUUGAAGCAUCGUUCCAGUUCAUGCACGAAUGCGCACAGUACUUCCUGGAGGUAAAGGAUAAGGAUAUUAAGCACGCGAUGGCUGGUUUGUUCGUGGAAAUUCUAGUCCCGGUAGCGGCUACGGUGAAAAAUGAGGUGAACGUACCGUGCGUGAAAAACUUCAUCGAUUUGCUGUACUCGCAAACGCUGGACGCAUGCACCAAGUCCAAGCACAAGCUGGCUCUGUUCCCGCUGGUGACGUGCCUGCUGUGCGUGUCGCAGAAAUCCUUCUUUCUCAGCAACUGGCACUGCUUCCUGGCGAUGUGCCUGAGCAAUCUGAAGAACAAGGAUCCGAAGAUGAGCCGCGUUGCGCUGGAAUCGUUGUACCGCUUGCUCUGGGUGUACAUCAUCCGGAUAAAGUGUGAAUCCAAUUCCGCCACCCAUUCGCGGCUGCAAAGCAUCGUUAAUUCAUUGUUUCCCCGCGGCUCCAAAGCGGUUGUACCGCGCGACACACCGCUCAACAUAUUUGUAAAAAUCAUCCAAUUUAUCGCCCAGGAACGGCUCGACUUUGCGAUGCGCGAGAUCGUGUUCGAGCUGCUGUGUGUGGGCCGUCCGAUCAAGAUCAUCAUGACGCCGGAGCGUAUGAGCAUUGGGCUGCGCGCGUUCAUGGUGGUGGCGGACUCGCUGCAGCAGAAGGACGGCGAACCGCCCAUGCCACGUACGGUGGGCGUUCUUCCAUCCGGCAAUACGCUGCGUGUGAAGAAAACGUAUCUGAACAAAAUGCUCACCGAAGAUACGGCACGCAGCAUCGGGAUGUCGAACUAUUUCCCGCACGUUCGGCGUGUAUUCGUAGACAUCUUGCGUGCGCUCGACAUUCACUGCGGUCGGCCACUGAUGAUGACGGUGAUACAGAAUCAAAACAAAGAACUGGACGAAAUGCUAACCGGUGAACGGAAGCCGCGCAUCGAUUUGUUCCGUACGUGUAUUGCCGCGGUACCGCGGCUCACCCCGGAUAAUAUGACCGGUCACGAGUUGGUGGACAUGCUAUCGCGCUUGACGAUCCACAUGGACGAGGAGUUACGCGGCUUGGCACAUCAAUCGUUACAGACGUUGGUUUGUGAUUUUCCCGAAUGGCGCCAGGAUGUGAUACAAGGCUUUAGCCAGUUUUUGGCACGAGAUGUAGUGGACACAUUUCCACAGCUGCUGGACAAUGGGUUACGCAUGUUGUACGCCUUUCUGACGGUUUGGCGUAAUUUGCUUGGCACGGGAAGCAACAGCAACAGUAACAACAAUACGCUCAACACGAAGGCCGGCCCGAUUGGAACGGUUGGUGUUCCUGCACCGGGUGUGCCUGGCGUUGGCGGUUUGGUGGCGGGUCGUCCCACUAAUCAGCAAGAUUUGGGAAUGUUGAAAUCAAACCUUGCUCUCCCACAAACGGCUGCCAAUGCUUCGUUGAAUGCGGCUACAAUAAAUUCCAAUUCCAGUGGUAGCUCGGGCAUUUCUUCCAUCACACAAACUACCACCAUUACGGCGGGUGCCAUCGGUGGAAAAGGACACGAGCUACCGCUAGCGACGACGAUGCACAUGGUGGAAGGUUUAGCAUUGGUUAUGCUUUGUAAUUGUCGAUCACAGCCACGCAAGUUUGCGGUCAGCAUAUUGAAGGAGGUGAAAGUAUUGAAAAAAUUGUUAGGCAUUCCCGAAACGGAACCACCCUUGAUUGACGUGAUCGAUAAAUGCUGUCCGCAGGUGCUUGAGAAAUGUCUACAUAUGCUACCUCAGACUGAUCGUACGGCAAUGCUUAACGCCAAUCUGAUCGAUCUGCAAUGGAUUGUGGACCGUAACAGUGGCGUAUGGACGACGGGGCAUAUCGAGGAAUCCACAAAGGCGUCUACUUUGACACUUUGUCUGUCGCAAUCAGCGCUUGGCCAAGCGUACGAUCCUUGGAGUGUGUGUUUGUUCGGUUUCAUGGAGCGGACACGCGUUUUACAACAUUGUCCAUCGGUAGUGGCGCAAGCGUGGCCUAUUUGCUACCAACGAGUAACGAGCCUGUUCAACGUGAUAGAUCCAACCCCGGUUAGUGACAAUCGUGCAUCGUUACUACGCAGUUCCGCGCCGACGAAAAAACCACCCUCCGAGGCGCAGCGUGACUCAUUGGCACAUCUGUGGAAAAAUCAGGUAGCACUCGCAAUGCGUCUUAUACCGCAAAUGCCAAGCGUUGCUGUGCGCUGUGCCUCACCCGAUCUUAGCCUGAGUCUGCAUGAUCAGUCGGAUUCCCGCUCGUUGUCCGACUCGUUGGACAAUAUACCGUCAUCCGUGUUUGGACCAGAAGGAAUCGUGACACGCUUCACCCUACCUCUAUCCUAUGGUCGCAAAGAUGCCAGACAUAAGAGACAAGGCUCUUCGCCGGAUUCGCUGUCGGCGGACCGUAGCGACAAGUCCAGCGGGACGACCGCUUCGCCGGUGGCACUUUACAAGCUGGUAAUACCGUUGUUACGUUGCGAAGUCGUCGAUAUACGCGAUGCGGCCGUUAAUGCACUGGGGAUGAUAAACCAUGACGCGCUCAAGGACCUGAUGGAAGAGCUAGUCGUGUACAUCCGUGAAGCCAUCGAUCGGAAGCAGGAGAAUAUGAGACGCCGACGGCGGCGUGAUGCACUGCGGCUGCAACUGGUGCGUGUGCUAGAGAAGAUUGCGGAGAAUGGCACGUUCGGCAUCAGUCAAUUUGUGCUGGAGCGCGAAACGAUGUCGCUGCAUCCGACCUUCGUCGAGUACAUCGACGGUGCCCGCCUGUACCUGGAAUCGGAAACGGACGGCAAGGACAGCAGCAGCAUGCGCGAGGUAAAGACGCACUUCUGUGACUUUAUACGCAAGAUGAUAAAAAACUUUUCGCUCGAAUCGUGCGGCACACUGUUGUCGCGUGAGCUGAAACGGAACCUGGUCAAUCUGUUUGUCGGCUGGAGUGGUAGUGCAUAUGCGCUACCAUUUGCACAUGGGCACCAUGCGGAAGAGGAAAAGUUACAAUUCAGCGCAUUACAGGCCAUGUCAGCUGUUCUAUGUUGUGGCCCAUGCUUUGAUUCCGGUCACUUGGCGGAAGAUGGUGCAAUUUACAGCUGGUUGGACAUGCUAAUGACUUCCAAAGAUGAUAAGAUUUAUGAAUUGGCCAAGGAGACGGUCGUACUGCUGCUUGAAUCGAACCCCGAUAUAGGGCAGCUUCUUGAGUGGGUCAUUGAUCGCUGUUAUACGGCUUCUCCACGUGAAGCAGAUGCUUGUUUCCUAGCAUUGGCUGUGAUAUUCAGCGCAAGAGAAUAUCCAUGCGACCAUUAUACAUCUGUGAUUAACGUAACACUGCUGAUGACUGGCUGCCCCAGAGUGGAGGUACACUCGACCGCACUUCAGUUGUUGCAGAUUUUGGACAAACGUUUCUUUGGUAACGUUGGACCGUUACACACCGAGAGUGACCGUGAACCGGACAAAAUAGGCACUUUAGAUGCCGUACUGAGUGGGGCGUACUGUCGAUCCCAGAUGUAUCUGUCUCGGCAGAUAGCGCGCCUUCGUCCGGAACUGACAAUGUCAAUGUUUUCUGAGAUAACGUAUCGAUUUCAGACGGCACGAGCCGAAGCACGUGCACUAUUGUUACAGUGCUUGCUACCAUGGUUGGAAAAUGUAGAACUUGUAGCCUCGAGCGUACCGCCAGCGACUCCACUCUCUUACAUUAUGUAUUAUCCGGAUGCUGGUACAAGGGGACGCCGUGAAGGAUCUGGCUCGACCGAGGCAACGGAAAUGAUACUGAAUAAUCUCUUUUACAUUACAGCUAAGUUUGCUGAUUCACACCCGUACAUCGAAGAGCUGUGGGGCACAUUAUGCCAGUUUUGGCCCAACAAUCUUAAAGUCAUACUACGCUACUUGCUCAUCAUAUCCGGCAUGGCACCGAAUGAGCUGUUAGCCAAUGCAAAACGGGUGGCAUUGUAUUUGGCCCGUUCAUGCACCAACAGGCUGCUGGACGAACUGAUGAGCGAACUGCAAACGGUCGAAACGCUAAACUGUUUAAUUGAGCGCACGGAAACACCACCAUUUUACCGCCUAACGAGCAUGAGAAAAGCUUCCAGCCACUCAGAUGGUCCCGCUUCCGGCAACAACGAUCCGAAGGUGCAGGAUGUUGAUGUAGAAAAAGGAACUAUCCAUACGAAGCGCCACAGCGGAGAGGAUCCAAUAAAGUCCGGCACGUGCAAAUCGGACAGUGCGCUGCGUACGUUCGCAAACGCGUACCGGCCGCCCCGUGGUAGCGAUAAGAUACGUACCGCAUCCGGACCGUGCGUGUUGCCAAGGCACGAGGACGUAAUGAUGAUGAUGAACGAACCGGAAAUGAAUCAGGAGGAUAAUUUCGUGCAAAUACGCGCCGAGCAACCGACCGCACCCCACCCACUGCCGAUGCCGGAGUACGGUGGAUACUUUGCGCCGCUUACCGAGUUUUUGCCGGACACGAACAUUCCCAUCAGCGGGUUCCAUCGGUGCAAUGUGGCUGUCAUGUUGCUGACCGACAUCGUGGUGGAUGGCAUACCCGGGCUCGACUGGACGCUGCACGUUCCGCUCAUGCUGCACAUUUUGUUUCUCGGGCUGGAUCACACCCGUCGCAUUGUGCGGGAUCAUUGCAAGAAGCUGUUGUUGAAUUUGCUGAUUGUGCUGGCCGAGCAUAACGAUCAUUUAACGGUUGCGAAGAUACUGCUGAACAGUGAUACAUCCAAGCUGCGGUUGGGUAUCGUAGUACCGUCCCUUCCCGUGAUUGAUCACAAUUUUACCGAGCCCGAUCAGGAGUUCGAUAGCUACCUGUUUGGAUUAAACACCGGUACCGCCCAGCAAUCGAUACUGUCGCCCGCGUCGAAUCAACCGAACGAGGAAACACCGACCGUGCCGAUGAUCGUAACCGAGGAGAAUGCACCACCGCAACCGGGACCGACCAUGCCGACGGCCCACGUCAUCAAGAGCUUGAUCAAGUUCCUGUCGAACGCGAGCAGCCAACAGCAGCCGCUGUGGAACUACGAGGACAUAACGGCGAAAGUUUGGAGCAUAAAGUCGGCGGAUCAGUUGCAGUGCUUCCUGCGACAUAUCGUGAAGGCGUUCACGGACAGCUAUCCCCACGCACGGAUCCCGGAGCGCUGGGCACAGACAGCGCUGCAGCUUGGGCUUAGCUGCUCGUCGCGCCACUACGCCGGGCGCAGCCUGCAAGUGUUCCGCUCGCUUAAUGUACCAAUCAACUCGCGCAUGCUGUCUGACAUUCUGUCGCGGCUGAUCGAAACCGUCGCCGAGCAGGGUGAAGACAUGCAGGGCUACGUAACGGAGCUGCUGCUCACGCUGGAGGCGGCCGUCGACAGUCUCGAUUCCGACUUCCGGCCGCUGGACGUGAUGAAGGACAUCUUCAAAAGUACGCCAAAUUUGAACAACAAGGAAGGUGUGGUAUCGGGCAUGUACAGCGGCAGCAAGCGGUCCGGGGAUGGCGGUAUCGUUGGAGGUUCGCCCGGCCAAAGUUUGCACAAUGCGACCAGCGGUGGGCAUACGCGCAGUACGAGCUACUCCAUCUCGUACUGCUCGCGUAAGGCGGCCAACUCACCGAUCGACAAGCAGAUCGAGCUGCGCAAUCGGAACGCGGCGCUAGAGAUUGAACGCAAUGCGGCCAAGUUCGGUGCUGGUCAAACGUCACUGUCGCGUUCGCGCAGUGCCCAAAGCCUGAAGCUGCUCGGCGAUACGGCUACGCAGGACGAUAAGAUGACGAUACUGGCCCAGCUGUUUUGGCUGGCCGUGUCACUGCUGGAAAGUGACUACGAGCACGAAUUUCUGCUGGCACUAAGAUUGCUUACGCGCGUCCUUCAUCGUCUGCCGCUAGAUAGACCGGACGCGCGGGACAAGGUCGAAAAGCUGCAGCAACAGCUCAAGUGGUCCACGUAUCCGGGAGUGCACGCGCUGCUGCUGAAGGGUUGCACACAUUCCGGCACGUACGAGGCAUCGAUAGCGCUGCUGUCGCAGCUGACGCCCCUGCUAAAUCUGCCCGUGUGUGAUCCAACGCAAAGCUGUGCGUUUCCGAUGAACGUGAUCGCUCUCCUGCCAUACAUGCUGCUACACUACGAGGAUGCCAACGAGAUAUGCAUCCGGAGCGCGGAAAACAUCGCCCAAGUUGCGUCGGAAAUGGGGCUCAAGCUGGAGAAUCUCGGUACGGUUAUGACGCUGUACAGCCGGAAGACGUUCAGCAAGGAAUCAUUCCAGUGGACCAAGUGUGUGGUAAAGUAUCUGUACGACACGUACGCCCACAUGGGUCUGCACAUGCUGGCGUUCCUAACGGAGGUGCUAGAGAAGGGUUGGGUGCAGGUGCAGCUGCAGGUGCUGAGUGUGAUUCACUGCAUGCUGCACUACGUGGAUCUGUCCGCCGUCCCAAUACAACCGAUCGCAGGCGAUAUGCUGAGGAUUAUAUCGAAGUAUUUGGAUAGUCCCAAUUGGAAGGAAGCGUUGAAGAUUCUAAAGUUCGUGGUGACACGCAGUUCCAGUCUGCAAGUGGUGCCGCAAUCGUCCGAGGGUGGUUCGUCUUUCGCUAACCUGCAUGGAAGCUUUAGCGAUUCGGAGGUGUUCUGCAAGAAGGAGCUUGCCGGACGAACGAUGGAAUUUUCGUUCGAUGUAUCGCAAACGCCCCUAAUAGGACGCAAAUUGCUGCUAAAAUCCGACAAUGAAACCAACGCAUCGUCCGGCAUUGGCGGUGCCCCGAUCGGCGCGAAAGGUUUCAAUGGCUCGAACAAUGUUACCGCGGCGGGGGCCCAUUACGGACACGCGGGAACACCAAACUCACCGCGCAGAAGUGCCAGUCUGUCGCCGGCCGAUACUGCUCCACUGAGCGGAUGGAAACGGCCAUGGAUGUCACAGGGACGGGUGCGGGAAUGUUUGGUAAAUCUGCUAACAACAUGCGGACAACGCGUCGGUUUACCCAAGAGCCCUUCGUCUGCCCCGACCCCGCUAUUAAUUACACUAUUUUGUUGUUCCACACAGGUCAUCUUCAGCCAAUCGUCCGAUCUGCUCGAGCGCCAAUCGUCUGCCGCAUCCAGCACGGACGAAAUGUCCGGUGCCCAGCAAGAUUUGAGCGGUGGUUCGAAACGGGACGACGGUGCACCGGACUUUGGUGUGUUCAAGGACUUUGAUUUCCUCGAGUACGAAAGCGAAAGCAUCGAGGGCGAAUCGACGGAUAACUUCAACUGGGGCGUACGACGCCGCCCCCUGUCCGAGGGUGAAAACGAACCACACUCACUGUCCGCCGGUGGCGGCGGUGGUGGUAGCAGUGGUGGUGGCGGUGGCGGUGGUGUGACCGGUGGCGUUUUGCGUACAUCACACCCAAACAUUGACGAGAGUCUGAGUGAGAAAACGCCUGUCUUCAAUCGCCGCAAGCGACCCAACGCGGAUGAUUCGUCGGACGAGGAGGUUGAGUCGGAAUCGCCGCUGGACGAGGAACCGCGUCCAAUCUUCUCGAAGGCGGCCUAUCUGAGCGGACCGCCAACGAGCCUGAGCCUGCGGGAACGGCGCCAUCGGCGGGAUUCGGUGUCGCGCAGCGAUACGAGCGGUUCGAGCGCCGGCGACCUCGGUGACAUCACGCCGUGCAAUGCGUCCCCGCAUCUGCCGGGCAUGCACCCGUUCCGCACCGGGCCGAUACGGGACGAAAGUGUCGAUGUGUGGCGCCGCAAUCUGGUGACACUGCUCGUGAACCAACCGUCGUCCCACGCGCCCGACUUGCUCAACCAAAUGUUCCGCCUGAUGAAGGAGCUGACGCUACGCUCUAUUUCGAUUUCGAAGGAGUGUAUGCGAUAUUUCACCGGGUGCGGCGUGCAGCUCGGUCAUCGCAUUUCGGUACUGUCCGAUCUGCUGGCAACGCGCGGUGAUCCGCCGAAAAUUUGGUACCAUCAAAGCCUCGCGACAACGCCGCGGCUCUUCGAGAACCUUCGGUACGGUGUGCUGGAGGUGCAGGAGCACCUGGAGACGUUCUUCGACCGUAAGGAAACCGUGCUGGACAGUUUGGACGAGGUAAAGACGUCCUGCAAGUUGGCCCUCUUCACGUCGGACAUUGAUUCGGCGAACGAAGGUACCGGAGGUUCCAGCACAGUCGUGUCCCUUUCCACCUCGACCGAUCCAGCAACGGCCGAGCUGCUGCUCGAUCUGGGCCGUGGACUGUACAAGCUGAUGUUCCAGUUGCUGCUGCUGAUCGAGUCGGACCACAAAAUAGCCAUCAGCGUAGUGCAGAAUCUGCGCCAGAAUGAACAAAUGCAAGACCUUUCCAACCUGUACAUGUCCGUCCGCGGUGCGCUGCUACGCUGUAUCGACGAUGCGGAGAUGGAAUCACUCGACACAUCCACGUCGACCGAGGGCGAAAACACACCAACACCCUCACCGGGACUGCCAAUGAACAACAGCGAGUUCGAGAACAUACUGGUGGAGCUAAUCGACAACCAGCGGUGGUCGGCAGCGAUAAAUCACGUUAAACAGCACAAACAAAUGUCGAACCAUUCGGCAUCGAAUUACAAUCUGCCCGGUGACGGCCCGUUCAGCAAUCUUGGCACGGAAUUUAAAACUAUCGAUGAUUUAUCGAUCAUACUGAAUGUUUACGCCCAUCGGCUGACGAAGGAUAGAAACGAUGUGUUCAUUGUGUCCCGGUCGGAGUUUGAGCUCGGUGAAAUCUAUCAAAUUCUCAUGGAAAACUUGCUGCACGUUUCGUCCGCGCUGUCCAACAUGGAGAUCAGCAUGAAGGCCAACACCAGUUCCAGCUCCUCGACGGUAACAACGAUGACGACAAUCCCGGCCGUACACGGCACCGGCGGUGGAAGCAACAGUGGCGGCGGGCAGGGCAAUGGAGCUCAGGGGAACUCAGCGGCGGGUUCGUUAAUCGGUACCGCACAAGGCGCUAAUCAGCUCAUACCAAGGCCACCACCACCGGUGCUGGCCCCAACCAACCCAUUCAAAGAUACGGUAGACAUCAUCACGACCCUGUAAGGGGCGAAUGAUGGACAAGACAACGCUAUAUUACAGCGUUUCACUUUGGGCACCGGUACAAAGCGCACCGCGGCUCUACAUGCAAAUUUGAUUCCAUUUUGCCGUUACAUUCAACAACGGAAUCUUUUUUGAUUAUUCGCAACAUAAUUCCAACGUGUCUGAAAUACUGUCGUUCUUCAUUUCGGGUCCGCCCGUCACGGUCGCAAGGAGGCAACCUUUUCAAAGCGGUACGCCCAGAAGAAAUCAAUUCGCUUCGUCGUCUUUAUGCGUGAUGCUUUUUUUGUUGCGAUAAAAUUUAACGAGAAUUGUCAGACCCGCACCAAUCUCCAGUCGCCCGUGUAAUGUGAUUUUAAGUGCGGAUCAAACCCGGAACUGGACAAAGAAGUCAAAUAUUCCGCUGCCGAAUCGUUCGUGUUGGCAAAGUGCCGCCGAACGGUAACGAACCGAGUUUGAUGCUGUCAAAAAGGUGUUGCGUCUUGCGGGCCAUUUUGUUGGUGGGGGCGGGUGAUUGCACAGGCUCAGGUUCGAGUAUCAGAAUUCCAUUUUAAUAAUUUAUCCAUUCGUAUCCAUCCAUCCACACGCCGGAUUGCCGCGCUGUCUGUGUUUUAGUAUUAUUUAUUAAUUGUGACAAUUGGCGCCACCCCUUCCCCCCCAAAAUUGCACUGGCGCUGCGCCGCAUGGACGGCAAAGCAAUAAACUACUAAUCAAUGAAACUGGUGUAGCAUUAGAACGAGUGAACAAAUAAGUGCAACCAGAGCAAGAUGAACAAAGGAGUGAGACACAGGAAAACAAACACUAGCAACAAAAACAACAAAAAACAAGUGGACACAUACGUGUGCACUAAUUGUAUGACGAAUCUUUUGUUG